UCCUGAAGAUUUAACCAAACACUCUUUACACACACAGAACAACACGUGCUGGAAUGAAGGGAUCUUUAAUUUACUGCCAAAAUAGAAGCAGUUCUCCAAAUGAAACGAUAGGCGGCAGUAGAUUGGUUUGCAGGAGCUUCCUCCUCCUCCUGUUUUCCCGGAAAUAAAGUGAAACUACAACUUUUUUUUUUUUUUUUUUGACUACCUUCACAGGCAGUGCUGCUGCAGCAGUCGACACGUUUCCGCAGAGAGAGUCAGGAUGUCGGCUGUGAAGAUGUCAGAGGGGAGCGUGCAGGUGGACGGCUGCGGAGCGCCGCUGUUCUACAGACAAAGUGAACCCGCCACCGGGGAGGUGAAGAUGUCAGUUUUACUCCUGCACGGCAUCCGCUUCUCAUCAGAGAACUGGCUCCACAUCGGCACUCUGGAGACUCUGGCCCGGGCUGGCUGCCGUGCGGUCGCCAUCGACCUGCCAGGACUCGGCCAGUCUAAGUCAGCCGAGGCCCCGGCACCAGCGGGACAACUGGCCCCUGCGAGUUUCCUGAAGGAUGUGUGUGAGCAGCUGGGCCUGGGCCCGGUGGUGGUGAUCAGCCCGUCCCUCAGUGGGAUGUACUCGCUCCCCUUCCUCCUCCAGCACCAGGCUCUGGUCCGAGCCUACGUCCCAGUAGCUCCCAUCUGCACCGACAAGUUCACAGCGGAGCAGUACCAGACUGUGACGGUCCCAUCGCUCGUCGUCUACGGGGACCAGGACGCUCAGCUCGGAGAGGCGUCGCUCCGCAACCUGAGCAAUCUGACCAAUCACAGCGUGGUGGUGAUGAAAGGGGCGGGUCACCCCUGCUACCUGGACGACCCGGACACGUGGCACAAAGCUCUCACAGGCUUCCUCAACACGCUGUGAAGGUGUGAAGGUGUGCCACGGUGGAGAGAUGACUCCGGGUUUUUAUUUACACUAUCUUUUAUAAAAGAGGUUAGAGGAUGCAGGACAGAUGCCGACCUGGCUCAUCUCCUGAAGGGGGAACUAGAGAGCGAUUCGUACAUUAUGUUGCCUUGAUACUGCACCAUAAAAACUGCUCGAGCCACAUUUAGUAUUGAUUAUUUAGUAGAUUGUAAAUUUUCAUUUCAGCAGAUGAAAUAAAUGAAUCCGCUGUGUCUCUCUGUGAAAAAAAAAAAGAAUCAAACACCACACGUGGAAAUGAAGUGAAAAAUAUGAACAUUAUUUAAUAACUGAUUCUCUGUAAUAAACAAUUUGAAAAUA